GUAUCGGCCGCGGGUUGGAAUUUCAUCCAAGCCAUCGGGCGUCAAAUCCUUGGCCAAAUGUGUUGAAGUGAAUGUCCUUCGAUAGCUGAGUCCCGCUAGUUUCGGCCUAGUGCCAUCUCAAACUCAACCGGAAUUGCGUUCGACGGAAAACCCUUCAUCGAAGUCCGAUGAUGAAUUUCUCGGAGCAGACUAGAGCAACGUUGUUCAUGAACUAUGAUGAGUACAGUACGCCGACACCGAAAAUCGAGGCUCCGGGAGGACCUUUCGCAGACUCUAACCGACCUCCGCUACCGAAACCGCAGCAGCGCAACCAGGUGAAGCGGCGUUUGGAUAUGGAACACAGUACUUCGGUAUUCAAGACACCAUCGCCUGUUGUACAAACGAAACGCAUGAAACUUAUCGCCCCUAAGAAUGAGUCCCCCGAGGGUGGUGUGAUGAUCCCGGCAUUGAGUCCAAAGGAAGGCCGGAACGACACCUCGUUGGGAAAACUCACGAGGAAGUUCAUCGAUCUUAUCAGAUCAGCUCAGGAUGGGUUGGUGGACCUAAAUCACGCGUGUGAAGCUUUAACAGUCCAAAAGAGACGGAUAUACGACAUCACCAACGUUUUGGAAGGUAUAGGUCUCAUUGAGAAGAAACAGAAAAACGUCAUUCGCUGGAAAGCGAUCGACGAAGGCUCAUCUCGAAGCGAUAAGUUGGAUUCCGAGAUCAAGGAACUCGAUCGCAAGGAGUCGCUCCUGGAUUCGCUGAUGCGGAAUGCCUCUGAGGAACUGGAGAAGCUCACCGAGAGCGAAGGUAAACAAUGGGGUUACGUCACAUACUCAGACAUGCAUAGUAUUCCGUCGUUCUCGGAUCAGAAUGUGAUCGCGAUCAAGGCUCCGCCAGACACGAAACUGGAAGUUCCGGACGUCGCCGACAAAAUUCAAGUGUUCCUGCACAGCGAACGAGGUCCGAUCGAGGUUUUCGUGCCCGAGGACGCUCAAGAUUCCACGGUGCCUGAAGAGUUGUUACCUGAGCCUGAAAUUCCGGCGCCCACAUUCCUAGACGAUGACCACGACCCGUUGGCGUUCAGAGACACCGCACCUGGUCAAAUCUCUCCCACGGACGAGAUGGUCUCUCGCUUCUUGACGCCUUUCGUCAACCUGCAGCCCGCCCUGACAGAGGAAGACUUCAAUUUCACUUUGGGCGACGCCGAAGGCAUCACCGAUCUUUUCGAUGACUAUCUCGCGUCUUUCUAG